GCCCACUCUGAACUCUAGCUUGAGCUUGUGAAGUUCAUCUCUUCCUGAACAGAACAGAGGCAGAGUAAGAAGGACCACGCACAGGCUCGGCCUGUGUCUCUUGUGUCAUUUUGAACUUUUCCUCAGUGCACGGUGUUUUUGCUCUGCACUCCGCAAAUAUUCCCUUUCCCUCCACAUCCUCUUCAAGUGCCAGAAGUUAAUCCAAACGUUAAGGAAACUAUUCCUCUCGAGAUCCCUUUCAUCCCGCUCGAACUCGACCUCGCCGGCCGGCAAGCGCAAUCAGCUGACUUAAGCAAGAGACUCGAGCACGACCUCCACCAUGGCGGACGAGAUCAAAGUGAAGGGCGACAAGAAGGAGAGAGAGCAGUGGGGCAGCAAGUUCGACUUCCUCCUGUCCGUCAUCGGCUUCUGCGUGGGCCUCGGCAACGUGUGGCGCUUCCCCUACCUGUGCUACAAGAACGGCGGUGGUGCCUUCCUCAUUCCUUAUAUGGUUUGUGCGCUUAUUGGCGGAAUGCCCAUGUUUUUCCUGGAGGUGGGCAUUGGGCAGUUCAUGAGUGAAGGAGGAAUAUCGGUAUGGAAGAUGUCGCCGCUUUUCCAAGGUAUCGGUUACGCUGCAAUCGUGGUAUGUAACUGGCUCAACGUUUAUUAUAUCGUGAUUAUAUCCUGGGCGUUCUAUUACUUCAUCUACUCCUUCCAAGCUGAACUACCGUGGGCCUCUUGUGGAAACUGGUGGAACACUGACUGUUGCGUGUCUGCUGGUAACCACACCGUCAUCGAAGAGAUCAAGGCCCUGAACAAGACGCCAAGGGAUUCAGUAGUCGAGUUUUGGGACCGCCGCGUCCUCCAGAUCACCGACGGCGUGGACGAAAUGGGCAGCAUGGUCUGGCCUCUCUUCGGAACGCUCCUCUUCGCCUGGGUCCUCACCUAUUUCGCCAUCUGGAAGGGAGUGAAAGUUACGGGCAAGAUCAUGUAUUUCACAGCCACUUUCCCGUAUGUGAUGCUAACGGCACUUCUAGUUCGCGGAGCAACGCUGCCAGGUGCUUCUGAGGGUAUCCGAUUCUACCUCGAGCCUAAAUGGGAGAAAGUCCUCGAAUAUCAGGUGUGGAACGACGCGGGUACCCAGGUCUUCUACUCGUACGCGGUGGCUCUUGGUGGCAUGAUCGCUCUGGGGUCCUACAACAAGUUCAACAACAACUUCAUCAAGCAGUGCACCUUCCUCUGUCUGUGUAACUCUAUGACUUCGCUCUUUGCUGGAUUUGGCAUCUUCAGCGUUCUUGGCUUUAUGAGUUACCAGCUCGAGCUCCCCAUGGAAGAAGUAGCCGAGGCAGGACCUGGAUUGGCCUUCAUUGCUUACCCUAAAGCAAUGGCCUCCAUGCCUUUGGCUCCCCUCUGGUCUGCCCUCUUCUUCUGCAUGAUUCUCAUGGUCGGAUUGGACUCGCAGUUUGUGCAGGUCGAAUCUGUUGUGACUGCCAUUGUUGACUUGUUCCCCGACUACCUUCGUGUUGGCCGCCGACGUGAAGCUCUUGUGUUCGGUGUGUGCAGCUUUGAUUUCCUUCUUGGCUGCACUAUGGUUAUGCAGGGCGGCAUGUAUGUGUUCCAAAUCUUCGACACCUUCUCAGCCAGUGGUAUCAUUCUCCUGACCAUCUGUUUUUGUGAGAGCAUGGUCAUCGCUUGGGUUUAUGGUGCCAAGAGAUUCUACGACAACAUGGCAAUGAUGCUUGGCUAUACCGUUAAUCCCCUUCUUAUGAUCUGCUGGAAAUUCCUCACUCCAAUUCUCACUCUUGCCAUGGUGAUCUUUGCCAUCGUGUUCCAUACGCCUCUGACAUACAACAAGACUUAUGUGUACCCUGCCUGGGCUCAAGGAUGUGGCUGGAUCCUCUGCUUCUGUUCUCUCAUCUGGAUCCCUGGUUACCUCAUCUACAAAUUCUUCCAGUACCCAGGAACCUUCAGGGAGAAAUGGAUUGCGUCAACCCGCCCGAUUCUCAAGGCACACCACCUGAGGGCCGAAGACUGGGAGGACAAUCCUCACAUCGAGUACAAAAAGACAAUGACAAUGGAUCCCCUCACCGAGAACGCAUAAAUCGUCCCUAUUCCAAAGGAGUCAGUCGAAAGGGGUGAAGUUGGUAUUCCUGUGUCUGACGGCAGCAUCCUGUGGUAAAUCCAGAUUGUAUUUUGGGGUUAGGAUGAACGGUCAACGGGACACGUUUGUUGAUGGAAUGAAUUGGAGACUUCGCAACAAGUACAGAGAUUUUUUAACAUCAAGAAAGAAUGUGGACUGAAAAUGCCAUUGAUUCUUGAUUUUAGUCAAGAGCAGCCAUAUGACUAAAGGCGUUUCUGAAUGGCAGUUCAUGGCAGAUAAUUCUGCUGUUUAGACUUAUACGCAUACAAUAGAUGUUGUGUAAUGGAGACAGUAUGCUGUACUCCAAGACCCAUGUUUAUAUAACGACUUCGGCAUUCGAGGAACGUUUUUUGCUCACUGCAGUGUUAUGACAUAGUGUCUAAUACAUUAAUAGAAGAGGAACAAGCAGAAAUCUAUAUAAUAUAUGCGUAAAUCGCAUCUUGUAGGUAAUGCAAAAUAUCUGUCAAAAAAAAUCCUGCAAUCUUUAUUUUUUUCUUGGUUGGUUUCGUAGUGUCAGAAUUAAGUUAUAUUUGGGUCUUGCCUACAAGAAUGCUUUGUUCAUACAGAAAAAAAACACAGUUAGUGUUUGAAACCGUUGUUGCGUGCAGCAUUUCACCCUUGCCGCCUCAAUUAUAGUUCGGAAUGUUAGAAAAAUAAGUAAAUACAAAUAGAUAUUUGAUUUAAAAUUCAGCACCAAGAUUAGAAGAUAGUCUUUCAAGAUCAAACCAACGAGGCUGAAAUACUAGAAGAAAGAAAACAAAGAAGAUGGAUAGGAAGAAUAAAAGACACGAAAAAAAAACUCAAAAACUCGAGUAACAGUUACAUUGAUGACAUACCUUUUAAAUUUUGAAUAGGGUCUCCACUGCUUGAAUAAGCCUACAGUUAAGAACUCAUGGUAGGCUAAAAGCGGCUAACGUUGUCGUUUUUUCUUUGCCUUCAUGGAUCUGUUGUAAUCAUCAUUGUUUAUCUACGCAUAUUCUCAUCGUCAGGACUCAUCGAUUCAUCCUCUUGUUGUCUAUUUUCGUAGAUGUCAUUGUGAAUCAUUAUAACAGGCAUACAUAAUAACAUACCAUUAGUAUAGGCAUAGGUGUAAGUAGUGAAUAGGAUAAAUCUGUGAUGCUCGACGCCUGCUUCAAGUACAGGCUGGAAGAAUGUAAGGAGGGAAAUUUUUAUCACAAUAUUAGUUAUAGUUUGAAGAAAUUAUUUACUGUCUUGCGGUGUCUGUAGAUCUAUUCAAUGAAAAAUCAUCAAGGAAAAUAUCUCAUAUUAGUAUCGGUUUAGCAUUUAAGAAAAGUGACCUAGAAAUUGUCGACAUUCUAGUUUUUAAUAGGACAUUGAAUUCAUUUCUCGACGCACUAAAACUUGUGACGUAGCGAAAUUAGAAUUGAGCUGAAAAGGACACGAAAUUUUAUGUUCUCUAGAUUUAACAUUAGUGAGAUCUUAGACAAAAAAAAAAAUUUACGACUUACAAACUCGGCCACCGAAGACAAAUUCUUUUCAUUACUUUUAUCAUUAUUUUAUUUUCACAUUUUAUUCUGUAAAAAGUGAAGGCAUAAGCAUAAACCAGUUUUUACUGCCUUUGUUUUCAUGUACAAAUCUAUACGUGUAUAUGUAAGUAGAUAACUACUAAUGACUUGCUUUAUAGGAAAAUAAUGAAUUUGAUUAUACUCCUUUUGUAUUUAAAAAUGAUAAAAAAAAUCCCGAUUCCUUUGGUUUUUGGGAUUCGAGAAUCUUUGUUGAUCUUGUAAAAGGAAUCAUUCAUUUUCUCAUCGACGCAGCCACAGCACCACAGGGUCUACGAGCUCAUUUUGAACCUCCUGACGGGCAGUUGGGUGCGUUCAACAAGGGCUAAGGUUUUUUUUAGCAUUCCAUUGUCUCGCUUCAGCCAUUCACAUCCAGUAGAUAUUUUUGUUUUCUGUUUUCUUUUUUUUUUUCUUUUUUAAUGCCGUCAUUUUCAGAGCCAUGUACAUUCACUUUAUGUAUUUCUUUCAUAUCCAUGUUGAUUGUUCAGCUCAUGCACAACACAUUUCAUCGGGGAGAAACCAUGUUAUCGAUUUGCUAUUGUCUUCCAUUUCUUUGCGAAAAUGGAGUUUAGUUUUCCUUUUUUUCUUCUUGAUUUAAGGAUAAUUUUUAUAUAUCUCUCAGUCUGAAUGAGAUAGUUGCUAUUUUUCUCUUUCUUUGGUCUCUCUCCAUUGUUUUUAGUAUUUACCAAAUUCUUGCCAAGAUAUGAGGGCAUUCAAAAAUUGUACUGAGGUCAGCAAGCGAAUAAUUAGCUGUUGUAUUACUGUUAAAACACCGUUGUUAAUUUGCUCAUGGAGACUGCGAAGACUUGCUGUAGCCGAGAUCACAAAUCUAGGGGCCGAAAACCCGUCUUUCGUUUGAGGUGAUCAGCAAGUCUCUCUAAAAAUAGCAACCUCAUCUGCCUGUUCUUGGCAUAAGUUCUGUGAACUAUAUUUAGUAUUAGAGCCUAGAACCAAUUACUUUAUUUAUAAUUGGAUUAUAUAUAUAUACCUAAACAAACGUAUUGCCAGAUGAACUGGCGCUGCUCAAUGCUGAAAUAGGUAAGUUGGGGGUAAUAGCGCUCAUUCUUUGAGGAAAUUUUGAGUCAAGAGAAACAGUCAGUUAACUACAAUUAAACAGAAUUUGCGUUAAACAAAACCCCCAACUUAAUCUAAAUUAUUUUAUUGUGUUUUGUUAAUCGAGUGGCUGCACCAGUAACCAGUGGAACUUGCCAUAAAGCAAUGAAAUGUGAAAUUAAGCAUUUGGAAAACAACCUACCGAGGCCAGUGUCAUUAUUUAGUUUUAUUUUAAAUUGUGGUAGAAAUCCACUCAUCUCACUGAUCAGGAUGUUUACGGUUUGUACUUUACAAUAGAUUUAUCCGGCAUUAUAUAUAUAUAUAUAUAUAUAUAUAUAUAUAUAUAUAUAUAUAUAUAUAUAUAUAUAUAUAAGAAUUACUCAUGGGCAAAAUAACAAUCUUCGCGGAAAAGUUCAGUCAUGUAAAAUAGCUCUCUGUUUUACCUAUUGGGGAUUUGAAGGUUGGAGUUUAACAUGAGUGGUUCAUACAGUGCAUUAUGUAUAUGUAUGUGCUUGUGUGUGUAUAUAUAUAUACACACAUACAAUACAUAAUUACAUGCACUUUCCGGCAGGAUAAACAGUGUAAAUGAAAAAAAAAACAUAUAUGCAGUUCAUGGCAGAUAGUUCGAUCUGGCUUGGACAAAGAUCAAAUGUUCAAUAGUUUAUUUUUCGUUUUAUGAAACUUCGAAUUUUCCAUCUUUCGCUGGAAAUUUUCUAUGUAUUACUUUAACUCUAAUCCCACUUUUUAUAACGAUUCACUAUUGUAUCUUGUCAGUAUUACCAUAAAACAAAACGGAACAAAAUGAAACACCUCCAUUGACUUUCAAAGAAAAUAUAUAUAUUCUUGUAUCCUCUUACCUGUCAAAUAUAUUCAACUGCAAAUGGCAUACUUGUUUCAUGAGAUGGAAUUGGGAACAAUGAUACAUUAGCAUUUUAGUAGUAAUUUGAGAGAGUAAAACAACAUACAAGCAUACACUCACAGGAGUUUGAGAUUAAAUGAGCAGGGAGGAAACCUUUUACAGUCAAUAAUAGAAUUCUUUCUUGAUUCUCGUGUUGGAUUAUAACAAUAAGAUAAAAUAGUAAAAAAAAUAUAUAUAUAUAAAUAUAAAAGUUUGUCUCACAAGACUAUUCAAAGUUGGUUACAGGAAAGUGGUCUGUUCUUGAGCUGUAAAACUAUAUUUUCUUACUGUAAAACGUAAACAUGGUCUGUGCUGUUUAAAUAAAGUUUGAAAUUAGAA